GAUAAGGCCCAUUAUUUCUUUCAACUGAGAUUAUCAUAAAGCCCAUGGGCCCAAUCAAAGUCAUAUUAAUAAUCCUGACAGAGAUUGUGUGUUUGAGUCUCAACCUAAUUUGAGAUUUUGUUUAAAGUGUUUAUUAUGUAUGGUGUACCGUUUUUAUUUAUUUUUUGCUCUUUUUAUGUAUGGUGUACUUAGCCAGACUCUUGUCUGUUUAGAUGAAAUGACAGCUUACUUAUUACAGUGUACAAAGUAUUACGAAGUAUAAGAGAAUUAAAUACGGCUUUAAUUUAAUGUACUCUUAUAAGUUUUUUUAAAUCAUAGUUGAGAUUCAUAUUAUAUUUCUUGUAAGUGUGUACUCAGGGCCGUAGCAAGCCAGGGCAGGUGGGGCGACCGCCCUGGGCCCCCAAAUCAAAAGCCCAUCUUCAAAUCUAAUAAAGGCCCCAAAAUUAUCUUUUUUUAAAAAAAAAACAAAAAUUUAAAGGAAAAAAAAAAGAAACGUGAGUUUCAUAGUUCAGACUUUCAGAACAUUAGAAGAAUUCCAAAAGCCUUCGUUGUUCAUCCUCCUUCUUCCCUUAUUUUUCUCCCUUAUUUUUCUCCCAAAAUAUUCACUUUCCUAAGUGAAUUUUGAUUAACCCAAAAAAAAUGUCAUUAAUUCAAUUUCAUCCCUUUUUGUCGACGAUUUUGUUCUUCAAAACGUAUCUCAAAUUAAUUUCCUUCUUCUUCGUGAUUAUGCUAAAUGUUUUCUACGGCCCUGAUUGCUUGAUUUGCUUGGAAUCUUUCGACCGUCGACGAGAGCUACGGCAUACGGGAUCAUCGUUUCAUCAAAAUGCUAGAUUGCUAAGAUUUGAUUAUUUGAGAUGACAUUGGUUUGGAGUGCAAAUUGAGCGCACUAAGUCAAAUAAUCAGGUGUUUUUGUUCUUUUCUAUACUUAUUAAUUUAUUAUUGGCUUUGUUUGAUAGAAUGUUGCCUAGAAAAUAUUUAUUCGGUAAUGAUAAGAGGAAAAAAAGAAAACGGGCAGAAGAGUUAAUAGAAUCUCAAAAGGGUGCCAUUGACAAAUUUUUUACUAAAGUAGUACAAGUAGAAGAGUCUUCUAAUGAAUUGGGUGAAAAUGAAAAUCAUGAACAAUUUAAGGACAAUAUAAAUAAUGAAAAUUGUGCUAAUGAGGCAAAUGAGCCUAAUGAGGAUGCGACUAAUAUGAAUGAACCAAUGAAUGUACCAAAUACAUCCGAUGUUAAUGAUGUUGGCAUUGAUCAAGUAGUCCCUCCUUUAGAUAUUUAUGAUCCUAAAAAUUGGGGUAAUCUUGACAUUAAAGGAAGGGAUAUUUUGAUACAAAAAGGACCUAUUAGAGAUUUGAACCUUGUGUUUCCCAUUGAUAACAAAUUAAGACAUUUUUCAUAUGCCUAUUACACUAAGAAGUUGAGUAAUGGUGAGACUUUUGAUAGAAAAUGGUUGGUUUACUCAAAAUUAGCUGAUAAAGUAUAUUGUUUUUGCUGUAAAUUGUUCACAUCUCAAAAUAACAAAACUUUUUUAGCAAGUGAUGGUAUGAAUGAUUGGAAACAUCUUGGUGAGAAACUCAAAUUACAUGAGAAUAGUGUUGAGCAUAUGACUAAUAUGAACACUUGGUAUGAAACAAGAGUGGAUCUAGUGGAAAACUUUAUGAUGAUUGUAAUGGUAAUUUUUUGGGCUUAAUUGAAAUGAUAGCUGAAUUUGAUUUGGUAAUGCAAGAUCAUGUUAGACGUAUUCAAAGCCAAGAAAUUCACAAACAUUACCUUGGUCCUCAAAUUCAAAAUGAGCUUAUUUAUCUUUUAUCUCAUGGUGUUCGGACUUCAAUGAUAAAAAUAAUAUAAGAGUCAAAAUAUUUUUCUGUAAUCCUUGAUUGUACCCUUGAUGUGAGCCAUCAAGAACAAAUGACUUUGAUAGUAAGAUGUGUGAAUGUAUCAAGUGAUAAAAUCAAGAUAAAAGAGUUUUUUUUAGAAUUCUUAAAAGUAGAUGAUACUUCUGGUUUGGGACUUUUUAAUGUAUUGUUAGAUGUAUGUAAGUCCCUUGAUUUGGAUAUUGAUGAUGUAAGGGGGCAAGGUUAUGACAAUGGCUCUAAUAUGAAAGGGAAACAUUAAGGGGUUCAAAAGAGAUUGCUUGAAAUUAAUCCAAGGGCUUUAUAUAUGCCAUGUGCUUGUCAUAGUUUUAAUCUCACUCUUUCUGAUAUGGCACAUUCUUUUGUUAAAGCUAUUUCUUUUUUUGGAAUUGUACAACGUAUAUACACAUUAUUUGCACAUUCCACUAAAAGGUGGAAGAUUUUAGUUGACAAUGUCCCGAGUUUAACUGUUAAAUCUUUGUGCAAUACUAGAUGGGAGAGUCGAAUUAAGAGUGUUAAAGCUAUAAGGUUUCAAUCUCCUCAAAUUAGAUUAGCUUUGUUGGAAUUGUAUAAUUCUAGUGGUGAUGACGCUAAUAUUGCUAAAACAAAAAGUGAAGCCGAAAGUUUGGCUAAUUCUCUUGCAAGUUUUGAAUUUUUACUUGGCAUGGUAAUUUGGUAUGACAUUUUAUUUUCUAUUAACAUUGUGAGUAAAAAGUUGCAAUCUAAAUCCAUGAGUAUUGGAGUUGUCAUGAACGAAGUGCAAGGUAUGAUCACAUAUUUUGAGAAAUAUAGAAUUGAAGGGUUUGAAUCUAGUUUAAAUACUGCCAAAAUCCUUGCACUUGAUAUGGAUAUAGAGCCAAAAUUUCCAAUAAAGCGUCGCAUCACUAGAAAAAGACAAUUUGAUGAGAAUGAGAAUGACAAUAAUGAUGAGGAAAUUCAAUCACCCGAGGAAUCUUUUAGAGUCAAUUAUUUUUUGGUGGUUGUUGAUAUUGCAAUAGCUUCUUUGAAAGAUAGAUUUGAGCAAUUGGAGGUAUUUGAUAACGUUUUUGGUUUUUUAUGCGAUGCAAAAAGGUUGAAAUCAUUGGAUAAUGACGAUUUAAGAAAAUCUUGCACAAGUUUUAUGACUACCUUUACUCAUAAUAAUUUUUCGGAUGUUGAUGCAGAUGAUCUUUUUUCUGAACUGAAAGUGUUACAAAUGACUUUGCCAAACGAUUUGAUGUCAGCAUUUGAAAUCCUUGAGUUUGUCAAAGCUGCAGAUUGUUAUCCAAAUGUUUCUAUUGCCUAUCGAAUCCUAUUAACUAUGCCGAUGACAGUUGCAUCUGCUGAAAGAAGUUUUUCGAAGUUAAAAUUACUAAAGACCUACUUGAGAUCUUCAAUGUCACAAGAAAGGUUGAAUGGUCUAGCUACUUUAUGUAUUGAGAAAAUAAUGUUAGAACAUAUUAAUGUAGAAACUAUUAUUAGUGACUUUGCAUCUAGAAAGGCUCGUAGAAAUAUUUUCAUAUGAACGCUUAGGCUUUCAUUUCAAUGUUUUAUCUAUAUGAAAUUUGAUGUUUUUAAAGAUUAUUAUGCGUAAUAAAAUAUGUAGUUUUUUGCCUACUCAAAUUUUAUUUUAUUUCGAAAUAUUUAUGUGAAUUAGGGCCCCGAUUUAUGUCUUCGCCCCGGGCCACCGAAAUUUCUGAAACGGUCCUGUGUGUCCUAUACAUUCAUGCGUACCAUACAUAUAACCACAAUGAUUUAUAAUUCAUCUAUUUAUUUUGGAAAUUUUAAAGAUAAGUGUUGGAAGUAUGCCAUGUACAUUAAGCUGGGUGUAAAAAAAAUUGUCAUUUUUCGUGAAUAAUCCAAAAAUAAAAUAAAAAAAUAACAACUUUAAUCCUUAAGGAAGGAGAAUGGGUGGAGUGUCAUCAAAGGGAGAAGUAUAACACGGGAACCAAAUUGCCAUUAAUACCUGAAAAAGAAAUACCAACAAAAUUAUCUAGCAAAAAGUGCUAAUACUGCCCAACUUACUAGUCAAACCUAACAGUCUUAAUUUCUCCUCUGUUCUUCCUUAUUAUUUUUUUAAUAUUAUCAUUUUCACAAUUGUAUCUAACAAAGUUUUUUCGUUUCUUCAAUUUUUCUAAAAUACCUGGUUUUGAUCAACAUGGCCACUAAGAAUGUUCAAGCCAAGCUGGUAGGUGCUUCUUGGGGAUAUGGGAACAGGGAAAACAAGCUUAGUUUUGAGAUUUGUAAAGGGCCAAUUCUUCGAUUGUCAGGAAUCAACAAUUGGAGCAGCAUUUUUCACCGAGGUGUUGUCCUUAGAUGAAGCAACUGUAAAGCUUGAUAUAUGGGACACUGCCGGACAAGAACGGUACCAAAGCUUAGCUCCUAUGUACUACCGCGGUGCAGCUGCAGCUGUCGUGGUCUAUGACAUUACUAGCAUGGAAUCAUUUGAGAAAGCGAAAAGAUGGAUUGAGGAAUUGCAGAGGCAAGCAAGUCCUCGCACGUUCACUGCAUUGGUUGGCAACAAGGCAGACCUUGAUGAGAAGAGGGAGGUCGACAACGAGGUAGCUGAGGAAUAUGCAAAAGAAAAUGGGUUGCAUUUCUUUGAAACUUCAGCCAAAACUGCACAAAAUGUCAAUGAGCUCUUUUAUAAAAUAGCGGCAACAUUGGCAACUUGUCCCUCACGUUCAAGUGGAAUGAAAAUUCAAAUCAGACAAAGUCGACGAGGAAUGUAUUGUUGCUUCAGUUGAUACAAUGCUGAUGUUCACUGUUAUUAUCAAAAGACAGAAGCUGAAACAUGCCAAGUCAGAAGGCAGAAACCUGGUGUGAAAAACAGAGCACUACCUUCACAGAUAUUUGUAUUAUGUGCAUUGUGUUUUCUGAAGUCUUGUUCUCUUCCAAGCUUCAUUUGUCUAUAAACUUUCCUAAGUUAUUCUAUGAAAGCAACUCCAAUCCUAGAGUAACCAAAAUUUUAGAUCUUCAACUAAA